AUGGGUCUCAUAUUCCUGGAUUCUGCAGCCUGUGACAAGUGUUUCCGGUGGUGUUUAUGGCCUUCAAUCCAUGAAGAGAAAAUAAUUCCAAAUGAUGUUCCAAAGGGUCAUUUGGUAGUCUAUGUAGGAGAGUAUCACAAGAGGUAUGUAAUCAAAAUGACCUUACUCGAUCAUCCACUCUUCAAGGCAUUGCUGGAUAAAGCCCAGGAAGUAUAUGAUUUCACUGCUGAUUCGAAACUCCGAAUUCCGUGCGACGAGAAUAUCUUCAUGAGUAUCUUGCAGUGUGCCACACAAGAUCAAUCCAUAAUGCUCCGCCUAUGA